AUGGAGGCGCUUGUGAACAUCGCGUAUGACCGCAUCAGCGAGGACAUCAUCCUGCUGUACGAUGCCAUGCGGGCCUAUAACGAGGCCCCGGCUCCUCGACCUGACAUCUCGGCCGUCAUCGCGGCGAUAAGGGGAUCUCUGGCCAAGGAUUCAGAGAAGGCCAUGGGGCACGUCUGGUCCAGAGAAAACAGUAACGAGGGUGGGUUCAGCCAGCGGGGGGAGGAGCUUGACCCCGAUGAAGACGUUUACGGUAGCAACGACAUCAAUAGCAGUCCCUCCGAAAGGUUCGGAGCAGACGACGGGGGCAUGGUGCCCAUGGGAAAGGAGCCGCAGCUGUGGGAGUUCGCGAGGGACGUGGUGACAUCUCUGGUCAGCGACCUUGCGGUGAUUCCGCUGUGGCAAGUCAAGGUCAGCGCCGUGGCCCACAGAGGUCGACUGCCGGAGCUGUGGCCUUUCAUCGGGUACAGAAAGGCAAUGAUGGCCAUCAUCAACGAGGAGGGAACGUCGUCCUUGUUUCGAGGGUGGGGACCCGUCUGUGCUGCCGGCCUCCUCAGGUACUUCCGUCGGAGCAAGCUGCUGUACACGGACUACUACUGGAAAACCACACACCGAGUCACCACGAGGUUCAUCAUGCGAUCGGACAGCUAUAGCCGUCACGUCAACGACCCGGAGGUCUUGGCCCAGACGUACGAGGGAUUCGCCACGAGAAUACUGUGGGCUGGCAUACUUCACCCCUUCGACCUCCUGGCGACGAGGAUGAUGACCGAGUCACGCCCCGAGUACGCCACCGGAACGGCGUCUGUGCGACACGUCCUUAAGCAAAGCGGAUUUGCGGGGCUGUUCCUAGGGGUUAGGUCGUCGAUCUUGAACGUUCUCCUUCCCUUCGGGAACUGGUACCUCCUGGGGGUGCCGUUCUUGAUCAAGACUCGCCGGAUGCUGGAUGGCAUGGAUACAGUGUUCCGAGCCGGCAUGGGCGGAAGUUUGGACAUGGUUCGGGCGAUUUUGAAGGAGGAGGGGCUCGCUGGACUAUUUGCAGGCUACCGUGCGACACUGUGGGGCAUCGGGCCGGCGUUCUUGAGCCUCUGCGGCGCGAGACUGCUGGUUUAUGUCGUUCUGGGCUCUUCCCGCAGAACGAGCGAGCACAGGAGAAGACGUAAUGCACACCUGCGGCAUUUGAUGACGACUUCGCACAGGGAGCAGCAGCAACAGCAGGCCAAGCUCAAGAGCAGUGCCGCAAAGUAGGCGGGCUGGCACGAAGGAGCUUCGAAGAGGGGGGGGAGAUGGUAGAACGGAGAAUGAUAGAUUCCCGGUGAAAAGGGAAGUCGCUCUGUUUUGGAUGGAUUCAUGGGUCCACGGUUUUGUCGGUUGGGGGAUUGUACAACAUACGGUCUGUUGACUGAUGUCGUGAAUUUCUUUGUUAUGAAAUGCUGAUGUACUUUCAUAGAUUGUUUGUGGAGGUCGGUUAAAGAAGGAAUUUGUCAUUAUCGACGUCGCGAAAUGCUUUGAUCGUGAAUUGUCGAAGUUUUUGUGCAAAGAUUGAUUGUGUUGUUUGGGUUGUCAAGGAGUAUGUUGCUGGCGUUAUCAUCAAUUUCUGACAAGUUUGUUGAUUGGUUGUGUUGAGUUUCUUUUUUCGUAUUGUUGACGUCACGUUUGUGGCAGUCCCUCUCUUGGUUGAUUGUGAUUGGCUUGUUGCUUGUCGGCUUCGAUCGGUCAUUGGUCAGGCAAACGAUGGGCCCAACAGCUACAAUUGGAAGCUUCGCAAGCAAGCGUGGGGUGAAUUAGGCCUUGAAGCACCAAGAAAGCACCAAAAAAGUCAAGUACACUCGGGAGCCAAGCGUAAUGAGCCUUGUCAUUUGUUGGAUGCCGGCAACAAGACGACGCUGCUUGUUGUCGAGACCACUCAAACGAAAGAGUGCAGGGCGUGGAAAGGAAAGACUCGACAUCCCCUUCCAGCGACUUGGACGUACCACUCCAGGACGAAGAUCUUGUACAAACAGUCUAUGUUUGUUUCUGUGACAGUUCUACGUAAUGGACAUCGAUCAGUCGAUUUUCGCCCCCCCGACUAGGUAUGUACAUGACAAUCAAUCGUGAUCUUGGAGCUGGCUCUCUCCCGUCAGCAUCGAGACGUAUGCCACGCUUCCCCUGCCCGAACGGCACCACCGACCACCCCUCCCUACGUGGUGCUUACUUGGCGCUUGUUUUUGCUCUCAGGCGAUAGCUUGAGUUGUUACGGACUGCCGUUCGUCUCCUGGUUGUACCGUGUGUCGGUGGGAUGGAUUCCAUACCAUCCUCUUUCGGAAUUCCGUGCU